AAAAUCCUCGACGACAUUUAUAAACUCAAUCACUUGUUUUUUCUUUCACUUCAACGUUCAAUCUCUGGAAAUGAAAUAUCCAGGUAUGAUAUUGGUUCCUUUUCUAUUCUUCGUCGUCUUCAUAUUGGAGCCAAGCUCAUCGCUAGCAAAUUCGGAGACUUUCAUACAAUGCCUAACCUCAAAAUCCGACCCCAAACAUCCCAUCUCCCCGGCCGUGUUCUUUGCCGGAAACCGCUCCUACUCCUCCGUACUAGAAGCCACCAUUCGUAACCUCCGGUUCAACACCUCCAACACUCCAAAACCCUUCCUCAUAAUCGCUGCAACACAUGAAACCCACGUGCAAGCCGCGGUUACUUGUGGCAAACGUCACAACCUUCAGAUGAAGAUCAGAAGUGGAGGCCACGACUACGAUGGCUUGUCAUACGUUACGUACUCUGGCAAACCGUUCUUUGUCCUCGACAUGUUUAAUCUCCGUUCGGUUGAUGUAGACACCGCGAGUAAAACAGCUUGGGUCCAAGCCGGUGCCAUCCUCGGAGAAGUGUACUACUAUAUAUGGGAGAAGAGCAAAACCUUAGCUUAUCCCGCUGGGAUUUGUCCAACGGUUGGUGUCGGUGGCCAUAUUAGCGGCGGAGGUUAUGGUAACAUGAUGAGAAAAUACGGUCUCACCGUAGAUAACACCAUCGAUGCAAGAAUGGUCGACGUCAAUGGAAAAAUAUUGAAUAGAAAAUUAAUGGGAGAAGAUCUCUAUUGGGCAAUAAACGGAGGCGGGGGAGGUAGCUACGGAGUCGUUUUAGCCUACAAAAUAAAGCUCGUGGAAGUCCCUGAAAACGUCACCGUCUUCAGAAUCUCCCGGACGUUAGAGCAAAACGCGACAGAUAUCGUUGACCGGUGGCAACAAGUCGCACCAGAGCUUCCCGACGAGCUCUUCAUAAGAACGGUCAUUGACGUUGUAAACGGCACCGUGUCAUCACAAAAGACCGUCAGGGCAACAUUCAUAGCUAUGUUUCUUGGAGACACAACUACGCUUCUGUCGAUAUUAAACAGGAGAUUCCCAGAGUUAGGUUUGGUCCGGUCAGACUGUACCGAAACGAGCUGGAUCCAAUCUGUGCUGUUCUGGACAAAUAUCCAAGUGGGUUCUUCGGAGAAACUUCUACUUGAGAGGAAACAACCCGUGAACUACCUCAAGAGGAAAUCAGAUUACGUACGUGAACCGAUUUCAAGAACCGGUUUAGAAUCGAUUUGGAAGAAAAUGAUCGAGCUUGAAAUUCCAACAAUGGCUUUCAAUCCAUACGGCGGUGCGAUGGCGAGGAUUUCAUCGACAGUGACUCCGUUCCCAUACAGAGCCGGGAACCUUUGGAAGAUUCAGUACGCUGCGAAUUGGAGAGAAGAUAGGUUAACCGAUCGGUACAUGGAAUUGACGAGAGAAUUGUACCGAUUCAUGACACCGUUUGUUUCCAAGAACCCGAGACAAUCCUUUUUUAACUAUCGUGAUGUUGAUUUGGGGAUCAAUUCACACAAUGGGAAAAUAAAUAGCUAUGUUGAAGGUAAGCGUUACGGGAUGAAAUAUUUCGCGGGAAAUUUCGAGAGGUUGGUGAAGAUUAAGACGAGAGUUGAUAGUGGUAAUUUCUUUAGGAAUGAACAGAGUAUUCCUGUUUUACCGUAAGUGUAUAUUUAUUUGAUUAUUGGUUAGUGAAAUUGGUUGUUGAAUAAUGAUUAUAUGUUGUAAGUCUAUUUGUCUUUAGUCAUUUGAUAUUACAGUUUACAAGUAGUACGGAAUGAUGAUACUUAAGUUUUGUAUAUAUAAUAAAGUUAUGGUAAUGAUGUAAAAACCAAAUUUCAUAUUUAUAUACUAUUUUUAAGACCAGUUA